AUGCGGGUUUUGGGUAUUAUAAACUAUCUAAAUAUCUUGGCAACCCAGCGGGUUGCUCCGCCGGGCUUUGGGGCAGCCAAAAAUAUCCAAAACCCAAUGGAUAAUUAG